AUGACUGCGGCAGCGAACUGGGUGGCGAACGGGGCGAGCCUGGAGGAUUGUCACUCCAACCUCUUCUCGCUGGCUGAACUCACGGGAAUCAAAUGGCGUAGGUACAAUUUUGGAGGGCAUGGGGACUGUGGACCCAUAAUUUCAGCCCCAGCCCAAGAUGAUCCAAUCCUGUUAAGUUUUAUCCGUUGUCUGCAAGCCAACUUGCUGUGUGUAUGGCGUCGUGAUGUCAAACCAGAUUGCAAAGAGUUAUGGAUAUUCUGGUGGGGAGAUGAACCCAACCUAGUGGGUGUAAUACAUCAUGAACUGCAGGUUGUGGAAGAAGGACUUUGGGAAAAUGGCCUUUCCUAUGAGUGUCGGACACUGCUCUUCAAAGCGAUCCACAAUCUGUUAGAAAGGUGCCUAAUGGAUAAGAACUUCGUUAGGAUUGGGAAGUGGUUUGUCCGACCCUAUGAAAAGGAUGAAAAACCAGUCAACAAAAGUGAGCAUCUGUCCUGUGCAUUCACAUUCUUUCUUCAUGGGGAAAGUAAUGUAUGCACAAGUGUGGAGAUUGCCCAACACCAGCCAAUUUAUUUGAUCAAUGAGGAGCAUAUACACAUGGCUCAGUCUUCACCUGCACCAUUUCAAGUACUGGUAAGUCCUUAUGGCUUAAAUGGCACGCUAACAGGCCAAGCAUACAAGAUGUCAGACCCAGCCACCCGUAAGUUGAUCGAGGAAUGGCAGUAUUUCUACCCAAUGGUGCUGAAAAAGAAAGAAGAAUUGAAAGAAGAAGAGGAGUUGGGAUAUGAUGAUGAUUUCCCUGUGGCAGUCGAAGUAAUUGUUGGUGGUGUUCGGAUGGUUUAUCCUUCAGCAUUUGUUUUGAUCUCUCAGAAUGACAUCCCAGUUCCUCAGAGUGUUGCCGGUGCUGGAGGCCAUAUUACAGUGGGGCAGCAGGGACUUGGUAGUGUGAAGGACCCAAGUAACUGUGGGAUGCCUCUUACCCCUCCCACCUCUCCAGAACAGGCUGUCAUAGGGGAGAGUGGAGGUACGCAGAGUGCGGUCAGUCACCUAGGCUCCCAAGAUGGGGGGAUGAUAACUAUGCACAGUCCAAAGAGAUCGGGGAAGAUUCCUCCAAAACUCCACAAUCACAUGGUCCAUCGAGUCUGGAAGGAAUGCAUCCUCAACAGAACCCAGUCCAAGAGGAGCCAAAUGUCAACUCCAACUCUUGAAGAAGAGCCUGCUAAUAAUCCUGCUACUUGGGAUUUUGUGGAUCCAACCCAAAGAGUCAGCUGUUCCUGUUCUAGGCAUAAACUUUUAAAACGUUGUGCAGUAGGACCCAGUCGACCUCCUGCAAUAUCUCAACCAGGGUUCAGUGCAGGACCAUCAUCAUCUUCAUCUUUACCACCUCCUGCGUCUAAGCACAAAACAACAGAAAGACCGGAAAAGGGAGACAAAUUGCAAAAGAGACCCUUGAUACCAUUUCACCAUAGGCCCUCUGUGGCUGAUGAGUUCUGUAUGGAGCAGGAUACACCAGGACAGAAGCUAGGGUUGGCAGGGAUGGACUCCUCCUUAGAGGUGUCUAGCAGUAGGAAGUAUGAUAAACAAAUGGCCGUGCCUUCCAGAAAUACAAGCAAGCAACUGAAUCUGAAUCCUAUGGAUUCACCUCAUUCCCCUAUUUCCCCUCUGCCGCCAACACUCAGCCCUCAACCACGAGGUCAGGAAACAGAGAGUUUGGACCCGCCAUCUGUCCCUGUGAACCCAGCCCUCUAUGGAAAUGGGCUAGAACUCCAGCAGUUGUCGACUCUGGAUGACAGAACUGUCCUCGUAGGCCAAAGACUGCCUCUGAUGGCAGAGGUCAGCGAGACAGCCUUAUAUUGUGGGGUUAGGCCCUCAAACCCCGAGUCGUCAGACAAGUGGUGGCACAGUUAUCGCCUCCCCCCCAUUGAUGAUGCUGAGUUCCGGCCCCCAGAGCUCCAGGGUGACAGAUGUGAUGCCAAAAUGGAGGUAAACUCAGAGAGCACUGCAUUGCAAAGACUCUUAGCACAACCUAACAAACGGUUUAAAAUCUGGCAAGAAAAGCAGCCCCAGAUGCAGCCACUCCACUUCCUUGACCCAUUGCCUCUAGCUCAACAACCUGGAGACAGUUUGGGAGAAGUCAAUGAUCCAUACACCUUUGAGGAUGGUGACAUAAAAUACAUCUUUACAGCAAACAAGAAAUGCAAACAAGGGACGGAGAAGGAUUCCCUGAAAAAGAAUAAGUCAGAGGAUGGAUUUGGUACCAAGGAUGUCACUACACCAGGUCAUUCCACGCCGGUGCCUGAUGGGAAAAAUGCCAUGUCUAUUUUCAGUUCUGCUACUAAAACAGAUGUCCGGCAGGAUAAUGCUGCUGGCAGAGCUGGCUCCAGUAGCCUUACACAGGUGACAGAUCUGGCACCUUCCCUGCAUGACUUAGACAACAUCUUUGAUAAUUCCGAUGAUGACGAACUUGGGGCUGUAUCACCUGCGCUGCGUUCAUCAAAAAUGCCUGCAGUUGGGGCAGAAGACCGACCUCUUGGGAAGGAUGGAGCUGCUGUUCCUUACCCACCAACAGUUGCAGACUUGCAAAGGAUGUUCCCCACUCCUCCUUCCUUGGAACAGCACCCUGCCUUUUCUCCUGUAAUGAAUUAUAAAGAUGGAAUCAGUUCAGAGACAGUGACAGCGUUAGGCAUGAUGGAGAGCCCUAUGGUCAGUAUGGUUUCAGCACAGCUCACUGAAUUCAAAAUGGAAGUAGAAGAUGGAUUAGGAAGUCCCAAGCCAGAGGAAGUAAAGGACUUUUCAUAUGUGCACAAAGUUCCAAGCUUUCAACCUUUUGUGGGAUCCUCCAUGUUUGCUCCACUGAAGAUGUUGCCGAGCCAAUGCCUGCUACCUCUGAAGAUACCUGAUGCCUGUCUGUUUCGGCCUUCGUGGGCAAUCCCUCCUAAAAUCGAACAACUGCCCAUGCCACCUGCAGCCAUUUUCAAUAGAGAUGGCUACAAUAAUGUGCCUAGUGUCGGGAGCCUAGCAGAUCCAGACUAUCUGAAUACACCACAGAUGAACACACCAGUGACGUUGAACAGCGCUGCCCCAGCCAGCAACAGUGGAGCAGGAGUUUUGCCAUCUCCAGCAACCCCUCGCUUCUCUGUCCCCACACCACGAACCCCCAGGACCCCAAGAACUCCCAGAGGUGGGGGCACUGCCAGUGGUCAAGGGUCGGUUAAAUAUGACAGCACCGAUCAGGGGUCACCAGCCUCUACCCCCUCUACCACGCGGCCCCUUAACUCUGUGGAGCCUGCCACCAUGCAGCCAAUUCCUGAAGCCCACAGUCUGUAUGUUACCCUGAUUCUCUCAGAUUCUGUGAUGAAUAUCUUUAAAGACAGAAACUUUGACAGCUGUUGCAUCUGUGCCUGCAACAUGAACAUCAAAGGGGCGGAUGUUGGGCUUUACAUCCCCGAUUCUUCCAACGAGGACCAGUAUCGCUGUACCUGUGGGUUUAGUGCGAUUAUGAAUCGCAAACUUGGCUACAAUUCGGGACUCUUCCUGGAAGAUGAGUUGGAUAUUUUUGGGAAGAAUUCUGAUAUUGGUCAGGCUGCGGAGAGGCGCUUAAUGAUGUGUCAGACUACCUUCGUUCCUCAGAUGGAGGGAGCCAGAAAGUCCCAGGAGCCACCUAUAAGCCUUCUCCUCCUCCUCCAGAAUCAACAUACACAACCUUUUGCUUCACUGAGUUUCCUGGACUACAUUUCCUCUAACAGUCGCCAGACUCUUCCCUGUGUAAGCUGGAGUUACGACCGGGUGCAAGCAGAUAAUAAUGAUUACUGGACGGAAUGCUUUAAUGCCUUGGAGCAGGGCCGACAGUAUGUGGAUAAUCCCACGGGUGGAAAAGUAGAUGAGGCUCUGGUGAGAAGUGCCACUGUGCACUCUUGGCCUCAUAGCAACGUGCUAGACAUCAGCAUGCUUUCCUCCCAAGAUGUGGUCCGCAUGCUGUUGUCACUGCAGCCCUUCCUCCAAGACGCCAUUCAGAAGAAGCGCACAGGCAGGACCUGGGAGAAUAUCCAGCAUGUGCAGGGACCACUGACCUGGCAGCAGUUCCACAAAAUGGCAGGACGGGGAACCUAUGGUUCAGAAGAGUCUCCUGAGCCGUUGCCCAUUCCCACUCUGCUGGUGGGCUAUGACAAAGAUUUCCUCACCAUCUCACCAUUCUCUUUGCCAUUUUGGGAGAGGCUGUUGUUGGACCCAUAUGGGGGCCACCGUGAUGUUGCCUAUAUUGUGGUGUGUCCAGAAAAUGAGGCCUUGCUCGAAGGAGCCAAAACUUUCUUCAGGGACUUGAGCGCUGUAUAUGAGAUGUGUAGGCUUGGACAGCACAAGCCCAUCUGCAAAGUGCUGCGAGAUGGAAUCAUGCGCGUGGGAAAGACCGUGGCACAGAAGCUUACUGACGAGCUUGUGAGCGAGUGGUUCAACCAGCCGUGGAGCAGUGAGGAGAAUGACAAUCAUUCCAGACUCAAACUUUAUGCGCAAGUUUGCCGCCAUCACCUAGCACCUUAUCUAGCCACUCUGCAGCUCGAUAGCAGCCUGUUGAUACCACCUAAGUACCAGUCCCCACCAGCAACAGCACAGGGACAAGCUACACCUGGGAACAGUGGGCCUCUAGCUUCAAAUUCAGGAUCAGCAGCGCCCUCAGCUGGCAGUGCAUUCAAUCCCACCUCUAACAGCAGUUCUGGGAACCCUGCAGCAAGUAGCUCCGCAUCUGGGUCCUCUGUGCCGCCCAUCUCCUCGUCUGCCCCGGCUCCCGUUAUUAACCAGAUCAGCACUACCUCUUCUUCGGGAUUCAGUGCUAGUGUUGGAGGGCAGAACCCCAGCACCGGGGCCAGUUCUGCAGAUAGAACGCAAGGGAACAUAGGCUGUGGUGGAGACACUGAGCCUGGGCAGAGCUCCUCUCAGCCCUCUCAGGAUGGACAAGAAAGUGUCACAGAACGAGAGAGAAUAGGAAUUCCCACUGAGCCUGACUCCGCAGACAGCCAGGCCUAUCCUCCAGCUGUUGUCAUUUACAUGGUAGACCCCUUCACUUACACUGCAGACGAAGACUCCACUUCUGGAAACUUUUGGCUGCUGAGUUUGAUGCGCUGCUACACAGAGAUGCUGGAUAAUUUACCUGAGCAUAUGAGAAAUUCUUUCAUUCUCCAGAUUGUGCCUUGCCAGUACAUGCUGCAGACAAUGAAGGACGAGCAAGUUUUCUACAUUCAGUACUUGAAGUCCAUGGCGUUUUCAGUGUACUGCCAGUGCCGGCGACCUCUGCCCACACAGAUCCACAUUAAGUCCCUCACAGGAUUUGGGCCUGCUGCCAGCAUCGAGAUGACCCUCAAGAACCCAGAGCGACCCAGCCCAAUCCAGCUUUAUUCCCCUCCUUUUAUAUUGGCCCCAAUCAAAGACAAGCAGACGGAGCUCGGAGAGACAUUUGGGGAGGCGAGCCAGAAGUACAACGUGCUCUUUGUGGGCUACUGUCUGUCUCAUGACCAGCGCUGGCUUUUGGCUUCCUGCACUGACCUCCAUGGGGAAUUAUUAGAAACUUGUAUUGUAAAUAUUGCUUUACCAAACAGAUCACGGAGGAGUAAAGUAUCUGCACGUAAAAUUGGACUACAGAAGUUAUGGGAGUGGUGCAUAGGUAUUGUCCAAAUGACAUCUCUACCCUGGAGAGUUGUAAUUGGCCGACUUGGGCGGCUUGGCCAUGGGGAGCUUAAAGAUUGGAGUAUCCUCCUUGGAGAAUGUUCACUACAGACAAUCAGCAAACGGCUCAAGGACGUGUGCCGGAUGUGUGGAAUUUCUGCCGCAGACUCUCCUUCAAUCCUUAGUGCCUGCCUGGUUGCCAUGGAGCCCCAGGGGUCCUUCGUAGUGAUGCCAGAUGCUGUCACAAUGGGCUCUGUUUUUGGCCGAAGUACUGCUCUGAACAUGCAGUCAUCUCAGCUGAACACCCCUCAGGACGCUUCCUGUACACACAUCUUGGUGUUUCCGACAUCGUCAACCAUCCAGGUGGCUCCAGCCAACUAUCCCAACGAAGAUGGGUUUAGCCCCAACAAUGAUGACAUGUUUGUUGACCUCCCAUUCCCAGAUGAUAUGGACAAUGAUAUUGGCAUAUUAAUGACUGGGAACCUCCAUUCCUCUCCCAACUCCUCCCCAGUUCCUUCCCCAGGCUCUCCUUCUGGAAUUGGUGUGGGCUCUCACUUCCAGCACAGUCGGAGUCAGGGUGAGCGUCUUCUCUCUAGAGAGGCACCUGAGGAGCUAAAGCAGCAGCCUCUGGCCCUCGGGUAUUUUGUAUCAACUGCCAAAGCGGAGAAUCUCCCCCAGUGGUUUUGGUCAUCGUGUCCCCAGGCUCAGAACCAGUGCCCCCUCUUCUUAAAGGCUUCGCUGCAUCACCACAUUUCUGUAGCACAGACGGACGAACUUCUCCCUGCCAGGAAUUCUCAGCGGGUUCCACAUCCUCUUGACUCCAAAACCACAUCUGAUGUUUUAAGGUUUGUUUUGGAACAGUACAACGCUCUGUCCUGGCUCACGUGCAAUCCGGCCACCCAGGACCGUACCUCCUGCCUUCCCGUCCACUUUGUGGUGCUCACUCAGUUGUACAAUGCCAUCAUGAAUAUACUUUAAUUGGAAAAGCACUUGUUCUCUCUGGCUCAGUUCCUCCUCCCUGCAACCUCAGUCCAAGGAACCUGCUACACUCUGCAAAUGCCCUACACCCUCUCCUUGAGACCACUCUCCACAGUCCUGCACUGUGAUUACUCCUCAGCGGGCACAUGUCAUUUCUGCAGUGUUCAUUACCAGAGGAAUUCACUGACACUUCUCUCAUGGACCUGGAAACUUCCAUAAGCAGUGACUUUUAGCCAGUGUUAUGGUGUAUGCAGCCCCAAAUCACUGGUCCAUGGGAAGUUUUUUGUUGUUGGUUUUUAAGAGGGAAACAGAAGAGACAGUAUCCUUUUGCACAAGAGUCUGUGUUUCCAGUCUCUGUUUAAAAACAAGGGCAGUUUAGGCCCUUUUGGAUGAAAUCCUCUAGUUAUUGGUGUAUGGCCUGUGGGUUACCCGAACUCCAUAAUCUGGGACUUUUUAAAAAUAAGAACCAGCUCAAGUAUAUGACUUCAUAACGGGGUUUCUGUCUCGCUAGUGCUCCCAUUUAGAUUGGCACGAAUACUUUGGUUGACUUCAUACCUGUGUGUAGAUACAGAACGUCUGGAGACAUCUUCAUUUUGUUUAUUUAUUUUAAGUUGUUUUGUCAUGUUUUUUGUGACUUUCUUUUGAUUUUUUUUUAAUUCAUGAGGACCAGGUACAGUAGCUGAAACCCAACUCAGAUCCACCAUAGGAUUCUUUGACUACAUACCUCUGUCCUAGAAGCUGGAAAAGCAGUGAAAAGAGAUUGGGGAGAUAUGCCUAAAAAGUAAUAUAUUCAAAACCACCCAGCAUAGGCUUUAUUAAGAACAAACUGGGUAAACAUUCUGCCAUGUUUCUUAUUAAAAGUGGCCAGCGUUUCAUGAAGGAUAACAUUUUUAUACAGAAGGCAGUCAAGCUCAACCCAGAGCCAUGGAGGCAAGUACCUUCAUUAGUUUUAUAUAGUCACAACGGAAAUAUAUUUUCUAGUGAAUUCUUAUUGAAAGCCAGGUCUCUCCUCUCAUUAGAUCAAAAGGGACUCAUGUACAUAUCAUAAUUGAAAGUGUUUGCUCAUAAAAUCAGUUAUAAAUAUGGUGACUUUUUUCUGGACCAUAGGAAUAUUAUUUCAAAGAAAUAUUACAACUUAACCAUUAAAUUAGUACUUGAAGUUGAGCCUUUGUGGUGGGACUUUUUUUAAAAAAAAAAUAAUGCCUUUUUAAAGCAUUAAUGGCUAAUUGAAGUAUUUUAUGACUCCUCAUUCCAGGCCCAAGAGGGUUGUCUUUAAGACCCCGUUUCUGACCCUGACGUCGCAGCGCGUUUCUGUCUGAGGGCAGUGGGCGUGGGCUUGCCUUCCGCAAGCCUCUCUGGUCAGGCUGUUGAGCUCUAGUCAUCUGUGGAGAGAAUCAUGCAAAUUUUAAAGUUCUUCCAAGAGACUUCCAUAUCCUGGUUAUUAACAAAAAACAAAAAACAAAAAAAAAAAGAAAAAUGUAAUAACUGAUAUGAUUUUGUAAAAGUAUUUUUCUUGAAAUAAUCUAACGUUUAAAACAUUAUAUUAAAAAAAUUGUGUGGUGGGAAUAUGUAAGCAGAGAAAUAACUUGUAAAUGGAUAAUUUUAUUCUCUGUACCACCAAUUGGGGGGGGUGACUUUCGCAAUGUAUAGGUUAAAAAAAAUCUGAUAUAUCAAACCAUUUGUAUCUAAUGUGUACAGUGUAAAAUUGACUUUAAAAAUAUUGCAGUGCUAUUUUUUCUUAAUCAGAAAGGAAAAAUUCUCAAGGCCUUUUGAAGAGCAUAAGAUGAUGAAGAUUGUAAACUUGUAUAAAAUUAUCUUGGUGAGAAGACAAAUUGUAAAGUAGAUAUUUGUAAUCUUUUACCACUUUGGGGUUGCUUUUUUUCCCAGAAUUCAUCAAAACUUUGAAUUUUUUUUUUAAUAUGGGCUGUUUUUAAUGCAGGGGCUUUUCUUCCCUAGAAACCCAAUUCUAAGCAAAAAAAGAAAAAAAAACCACAAAAAACAAAAAACCCCUACAAAAAUUAAAAAAAAAAAAAGGCAGCAAAGGGUAGUUUUCAUCUGGUGUCUUUUAUUUAAGUUUUUUAAGUUAAGAAAAGCUGGUGACAUAUUUAUACGUUUUUGUGCAAAAAUAAAUGAAUGGCAAUAGAUUUUAAAAAAUCUUAUUAUGUACUUCUGUGUGAAAAAGUCUGUAUAAUAUUUCCCUUAAAUAUGCAUUAUUUUACUUGUGAGUUUUUUACUGAAUUAAUCUGAAAUGUACAAGCCCUGGAUUUGCUACAGAGUGAGAAGUUAUUUUAUUUUUUUUUUUAUUUUUAAUUUUGGAAAUUCUGCAGAAAUCAGAACUCUUACCAUGGUUUGAACUAAAAAGGGGAAAUGGGGAGGGGAGAGGGGUGGGAUUGUCCAGCAUGCUUGUAUGUAUAUUUCAGAACCUUUUUUAAAUGUAAAAGCUGUACAUUUCUGGGAAGUUCUGAAUUUCUUUUGUUUCCUUUUUUCCUUCAAGCAUUUUGCAGUGAGCUUCUUUUAUAUAUAGCAAACAAUUUGAAAGAAUACAAAAAUAUGUGAAGUUCAUUUAAAACUACAGUAUAGCGCUGGUACAGUACACUAAAGACUUUGAUAAAAAGAAACAAUACUAAAAGGCCUCCAUUUUAAAUGUCAUUCAUAUAUACCUUGUGAAUGAGAGCUAUAUACUUUUACACACUUUUUUAGAGGAAUAAAUUAUUGAAUUACUGAAA